AUGGUUGUGUUUGACCAUGUAGCUUCACAUGUAAAAAGGCAAACUCAGUCACUCGAUAGGUUCCAAGAGUUUAUUAUUGUACUCAUGAAACUUAGGCUUAAUGUACCGUUACAGGAUCUUGCCUACCGUUUUGUUGUAUCGAUUUCAAUUAUUUCAAGAAUAUUUUUCCAUUGGAUUGUGGUAAUGGACAAGAGACUGUUUCCCUUUGUUUACUGGCCAGACAGGCAUCAACUUUGGAAGACAAUGCCCCAGUGCUUCCAGUAUGCCUUUGGCAGGAAAACAACUGUUGUUAUCGACUGUUUUGAGGUGUUCAUUGAAAGACCAUCAAACUUGCUUGCCAGAGCACAGACAUUUUCCAGUUAUAAACACCACAACACUAUCAAGAUUCUUGUUGGUAUAACCCCCCAAGGAAUGAUAUCUUUUGUUUCAGAAGCCUGGGGAGGUCGUGUCUCUGAUAAAUUUGUAACCGAGAACUGUGGUUUUCUGGACAAACUUCUUCCGGGAGAUAUGGUGAUGGCUGACCGAGGAUUUACCGUUAGUGAAAGCAUUGGUCUCAAGCAAGCAAGACUGGUAAUCCCAGCUUUUACAAAGGUAAAAUCUCAGCUGGACCCAGUGGAUGUGGAACAGACUAGAGAAAUUGUAAAUGUAAGGAUCCAUGUUGAACGUGUAAUUGGAUUGCUCAGACAAAAAUUUACAAUUCUGGAAGGUACCCUGCCAACUGACUAUCUUAUAUCUAAUCAUGAAAACUCUGAUCGCCACACUCCACUGGUGGAUCACAUGAUAAGAGUUUGUGCAGUUCUUGUUAACUUCUAA